UAGUGUCCCGGCGCGAUGAGAUCAGCGGGAUCGGCUUUCGCCAGGGGGCACGGCUCGGGCCGCGGCUCCCCGGCUGGCGGGAGGCGGGCACGGGGCACGGCAUCCCCGCACCGGGCACCGCGCCGGGCGGAGCUCCCGAGCCGCCCAGCCCCGGAGACGCUCCUUUCCCGGGAGAAAAAAGGGGGGCUGAGUUUUGUUUACUUCGGAUUGGCGGCUGUGGCUCCGGAUCCCCCCCCCUCCGCUCGCCUAACGGACCGGUGCGGGGGCUGCGGACGCGUUUAUGAUUUUGAAGAAGAUCUCACCAAGGGCUUCUGAGAGAGAGAAAAGGUGGCGUGUGUUUAUGCUGUCACGUCAGAAGAAAGAGGCUUUCCUUCCUGCAGAAACAGGUCCAUGGCCUGGAACCUCACCAGGGUGGGAACUGCAGUAGCUCUGUCUCCCAAGACCUCCCCUCUAAGGAGUGUUUUGUCUCUGAAAACAUUGCUGCUAAAAAGCUCCAGACGGGAGAAGCACGUCCAGUCAGCUUGUCAGGGCACUGGCUCAGUGUAAAAGCACUUUCAUGAGGUAACGUUGGGCCAAAGUCAACUUUUCUUUCUCCUUUGUAAAGCUGCAGCCAAGCAAUGGGCCAGAAAAUCUCAGGGAGCAUAAAGUCUGUCGAUGUGAGGGAGCCUCCUUAUAGACCUGUUAAACGAGAGCUGAGAGGCCCGGAUUUUUGCAAGCCGGCGCGACUGGACAUGUUGUUGGAUAUGCCCCCAGCCAAGCUGGAGGUCCAGUACAAACAUGCUUGGAACAAUGAAGAUCGCUCCUUAAAUAUAUUUGUAAAAGAAGAUGAUAAGCUGACUUUUCAUAGACACCCAGUUGCCCAAAGCACGGAUUGCAUCCGGGGCAAGGUUGGCUACACGAGAGGCUUGCACGUCUGGCAAAUCCACUGGCCCACAAGGCAGCGGGGAACUCAUGCUGUGGUGGGCGUCUCCACAGCCGAAGCUCCACUGCACUCGGUGGGAUACACGUCGUUGGUUGGUAGCAAUAGCGAAUCGUGGGGCUGGGAUCUGGGACGCAACAAACUCUACCACAAUUGUAAAAACCAGCCUGGGAUCACGUAUCCUGUCUUUUUGGAACCGGAUGAGUCCUUUGUACUCCCAGACUCCUUACUGGUGGUUUUGGACAUGGAUGAAGGGACGCUUAGCUUCAUGGUGGAUGGACAAUACCUUGGAGUGGCCUUCAGGGGACUAAAAGGGAAAAAACUUUACCCCAUAGUCAGUGCAGUUUGGGGGCACUGUGAAAUUACAAUGAGAUACAUCAACGGACUUGACCCGGAACCCCUGCCUUUAAUGGACCUGUGCCGAAGAUCAAUUCGUUUUGCUCUUGGUAGAGACCGCCUGCAUGACAUAGAAAUUCUACCGUUGCCUCUGUCUCUGAAAAAUUAUUUACAGUACCAAUAAGAUGUCUAGAACCCUCUGGCCUCACAGUGGACUACAGCAAUGCAAAUGGCAGAAAAUUGUUUACAGCAAAAUAUAAAUCUUCAUGAUGGACACUGAAGUAUUAUUUAAUUUUUAAUAUAUAUUUUUUCUGACCCAGUGAAAGCAGAUCACUGUGGGGGACUACUAAAGAAUGUGAAAACAUUGAUUUGAUCAGGAUUUGUGCUUUAUCUGUUGCCUGUUGUGUUUACAGUCCUGAAGGCCAUUAUUCUCAUCUCUGGUAUAUUGGUUUAUCUUUGUUGCCACUGGUAAAUGCCAAUAGAAACUCUGACCUGCAGGAUCCGCUGUCGUUCCGGACAGAGCAUUCUUCAAUAAUGUGAUUUUUGGUUUUGUUUUCUUUCUCUCUCCUACACCUCACCCCAACAGCUAAAAAUAAAUUGUCAAAGGAAAAAUCUUGACAGCAACUUAUGGAACAUAAUUAAACCUUGCCUUUAAUAUCCAGAGUUGUUGAGAGCUUUGAGUGUUCAUCCCUCAGUAUAAUCAGGCCUAUAAUAUCUAAAAGUUCUCACAUUUAUAAAAAGCAGAUUAUUGUCUAGAAGAAGAGUAGGAAACACUAGAGGGAAAUAACUGGUGCAUGUGUCAGAAAGAUCAGGUUUUGGAUGUGGUAACAGUGAGAUGCAGUCCAUUGUUUUCAAGACCAAAUCUAGUCCCUCCAAAGUUCUGCAGUUUAUAACAAAGUGUUCACUAUCCCAAGAAUUUAGGAUAUUCGUAUUUUAGAAAGCUUGUCACUUUUCUUAUUUGAACAAAUUUAUAAUUUUUAUGUGGUAUGAACCCUAAGUACUCGGUUCUCUUUUUAAUGUAUGUGUGGUUAUAAUGUUUAUUUAUCUGUUUAGAGUCUGUGGAGUUCUCAUUUAGCUGUUUCCCAUCUUGGGGUGACUGAUUUUGUUUUUUUCCCCAGCUCCACCUGAAAUGUAUUAAUUUUUCAGGCUCAUCCCAUGUUUUAAGAUGCUGCUUUCUAUUCGCAUUUCUUACAUCUCUCAAGUUAUCUGCCUGAUCAGUUAUCUAGUUUUUAAACUGGAAGUUGUUAUGGCAGGAUGUCAAAUGUUUAGACUGAGCUGCCUUCAGCAUAUUUUAAUGUGAAUUUACUGAUGAAUGAGGAGAAAAUUUCUAAUAAAGUCU